UGCCUGUUCAAGCCCCGGACUGGCACAGCGUGAAACCACUGCAAGUUUGGUGUAAGCGAUGCAGCGGAAACCCCAAAGCUCUCGAGGAGCCCUCACCUGGUUGAACUCCUCGUCGGCGUAGAUAUCGAUGAGGUCCACUCCUUCUGACAUGGCUCCGGAAAGACGAUCUCGCGCCGGAGAACGGACAAAAUGUGGUCAAGACACCAUCUCUCAUCCCCUCUGCGCAGUGUGACAUCGUUCAGAUGCUUCCACAGAGGUGAGAGUCCAACAGACUCUCAAAAAGACAUGAUUGAAAUCCCCCUGCCUCCAUGGCAGGAGAGAAAUGACGAAUCCAUAGAAAUUAAGCGGGCCCGGCUGCUCUAUGAGAGCAGGAAGAGGGGAAUGUUGGAGAACUGCAUCCUCCUCAGCCUCUUUGCUAAAGAACAUCUGCACCGCAUGACGGAGAAGCAGCUGAACCUGUAUGACCGCCUGAUUAAUGAGCCCAGUAACGACUGGGAUAUUUACUACUGGGCCACAGAAGCCAGACCAGCCCCGGAGGUAUUUGAAAAUGAAGUCAUGGCCCUGCUGAGGGACUUCACUAAAAACAGAAACAGGGAGCAGCGGCUGCGUGCCCCGGACCUGGAGUACCUCUUAGAAGAGCCGCGCUGAGCUGGGCGCUGCUGCCAGCACGGGCUCAGCUCGGGACCCAGCCCAGCUUCCUGCUUCUGCUCAGACACUGCUCCUCCCGUUGGGCAGAGUAGGGGACAGCCCAGUGACGCAGUGUUACUGCGCCUGCAGGGGCCGCACGGUGCGUUGCUUCACCUGGCUGCCGUGGCCCAGGCCUGCCACAAGAGGGCGCUGUGGCUCCAUCCCAGUGCACGCACAGGGAAGGGGUGGCUUGGCUGCCUGUGCUGUGGGAAGAGCCCCUGCCACCGGCACCGCUCCUCUGGCUUGUUCAAGUGCGCCCCUUUCCAGCCUGCUGCGCUCCUUCCUGGCCGGGGAAGCUGACCUGGGCCCCCGAGCCCAGCUGGCCUGCUGCGGUCGAUGCCCUCUCCACACGCCCUUUAGCCGCACUCAAGCAGUAAAGCGUCCUGACCCUCUGA